AUGGCUUCCUUAUCGGAUUCGCUUUUAGAACUCUUAGUUAUUUCUACGACCUUUGUAGUCGAAGGUUCUUGGGCAGCCAGCGAUAACGAUCUCAAGUCCAACUACAGAGCAACAAUCGAAGAGCACAGAGUAACUCUAGACUCGCUUUUCGACCCAACCGCGACGAUCACCGCGCAAGCUCGUGCACAACUCGUCUGCGCUGCAAGUAAAUUGCUAUUCGGCUCUGCUGUCGUCGAUGCAGAAGACUCUACUUACGACAACUCCCAACAAAAGAACUGGUCAAGCACCUGCUGGCUCCCCGCAGCCUGCUUUAUUCGUAUCAUCAACCCGCAUCAACUCUGCAUCGUUUUGAAAAUUUUGACGCAUGUCCAAGCUACCUUUGCAGUUCGCAGUGGCGGUCACAACGCUAAUGUAGGAUAUGGUAGUGUAGGGAAAGAAGGUGUUGUUCUAGAUCUUAGCGCACUUAAUGAGAUCAUUGUUUUUGAGGAGGAAGGUGUGGUAUCAGUAGGGCCAGGUGCCACUUGGGAAGCUGUUUACACAGAGCUUGAGAAGCAUAGGUUGACGGUUGCUGGUGGAAGGGUGUCGGAUGUUGGUGUUGGUGGACUCAUUCUUGGGGGUGGUAUGUCCCACUUUACCACUCGCUGGGGGUCUGUUGCAGACAACCUUAUAAAUGUUGAGCUCGUCACUGCGGAUUCGAAGAUUGUUAUCGCCAGUGCUGGAGAGAAUGACGAUCUCUUUCGAGCUCUCAAAGGAGGUGGGGCAAAUUUCGGCAUCGUGACUACAUUUAAUAUCUACACGAACCCAGAUUAUCAGGUAUGGUACACGUUCAAAGUGUACAAUGGGAACGACGCCGCAAAAAUCCUGGAUGCCACAGUCCGUGUACAAGAGGCAAUGGAGGAAGAUGACCGGAUUGGAUUCUUUUUAACCGACAAUGGCGGCAUGUUUAUCGCUGGAAUGGUUUACCUUGGAUGGAGUGACAGUCAACCAGCAGCUUUUGAUGCUUUCAACGACAUAAUGCCAGUAGCUGUUGCCGUUCCUCCAACGAACGGAACGAUGCUUUCCGUAGCUAAGGCGGCGAACGUGCCUGGGUCAGCCAAGCACGCGGUCGGUGGUAUUUCCAUAUGUACCGAUUCAUCACUUUAUCAGCAAAUCAAUGAUGUGUACCAAGACAUCUUGAAAGACCAAAAGGUGUCUGCCGAUUUCUCCCUGGCUUUCACCUUUCAACCAGUAGCUGCCAGAGCAUCAAAGGCGUCCAUUAAGAUGGGAGGAAAUCCAAUGCAUAUCUCGCCUGUCAGCCAAGCUUGGUUAGCAUUCAGUGUCCAGUGGACAGAAGAUAGCGAAGAUAAGUUUGCAAUCGAGCAAAUUCAGAAGCUUAUAUCUUCUGCUCGGGAUGUGUCAAGGGCCGCCGGCAAACUGCUAGACUUUGAGUUCAUGAAUGAUGCUGGAUUUUCGCAAUCUCCUCUAAAGAGUUACGGGGCUCGUAGCUUAGCAGAAUUGAACGCCGUUCGGCUAACGUGGGACCCGAAGGAAGUGUUCCAAAAGCUGCAGAACUCAGGAUUUCUUCUUUCCAAAAUCUAG